UAAAAAGCACAUAAAAUCCAAUGGCGAGGAUCUCACAUCUUGGCAUCAUCAUUCAAUUUGGGUGGGAAAGCAAGCAAGCUAUACAGGUUAGAACAGAGUCGCCUCCCUGCCCAUUUAUGAGCACCACCACCCCAUCUUCUUUCUCCUCCUCCCCAACAAAAUUAUUAAUUAUAACUCUCUCUCUCUCUCUUUAAAUCACUCCAAUUUCCCACUCCAUUCCCAAAUUUCUGGAUUACAUUUCCAUGGAAGGUGUUUCUGUGAGUGUUUACAAUGGCUUGAGGCGCUAUUGGAGGCGGAAGAGCUACCGGAAGCUGGCGGGAUCGGUGGGUCGUGGCAGGCCGGAGACUGUGCAACUUGGUGCCGCUGGAGGGAGGCGGCGGCGGCGGCGCCUGUGGCGGAUCAAGAUCUCGCCCAAACUCAGGCUGUUCCGGCGACUGCCGUCGCUGAAGAAGCUGCUGCUUUGGCUGAGGGAUUCGUAUGUGAAGGCGAUGUUGGCGUUUGCUAACUCGAGGGUCAUCGGCUCCGGCGGCGACGGGAUCUGGGGCGUCACCGGAAGGAGCACGUUGAAGGAGUAUGAUGAGAAAAUGAUCACUGAGAUCUAUAACUCGUUGGUGGUGGCGCAGGGACGGUUGCCACCGCCGGAAUCUGUCCGACUGGGUAGGGUCGGCGGGCGGUUGCCGACGGUGGCGGAAUAAUCCGGUGGAGAUUAUGGGGUUUGGAGGUGGACGGUAAGGAUCUACCUAAAAAGGAGAAGAAAAUCCUAUCCGCUGAUUUUUGUACUCCUUUUUUUUCCCACUAAACUUUGUAAUGUAAUGUUAUAGUUAGGAAUUAAUUGAAAUAUUAAGUGGUUUA